AUGACAUCCAAACUUCUGAUGAUUCCAAAAACCAAAUUCAAUCCACGGUUUCAUCCAACGUCAAGAGAAAUUGAAUUGCUUAGUUAAGUUAUAAAAUUUGAGUAAAACGUUGAUUCCAAAGUAAAAUUACAUAAAAGAAAUUAGGCAUUUACUUUGCAUGAAAGUCCUUUGAGUGUUCAUGGGAAAUUGCAUUUCGGACAUUUUUAUAAUAAAGUGCACAAGGAUAUACUUAAAAGGUAUAAACUUCUUAGAGGAUACAAAAUAACACCUUCUAUGUCAUUUGAAUUGUUUGGACCAUAAAUUGAACACGCUGCAUUCUAACAAUUAAUUUAAAAAGGAACAACCUAAAUGGAGUAUAAUGAAGUAGCAAUAAGACAGAUAUGUUCAAAAUAUGCUGAAGAACAAUUGAAAUCUUAUUUGGAAUAAAUUUAAAGAUGGGGCAUUUUAGAAUAAGAGAUAAGCCUAACAAUUGAUCCCAGAUACCAAAAGUAAGUGUUAUAUUAAUUGGCUCACUUUCUCGAUUAAAAUUAGAUUUUUAGGGAAUAGAAGAUCGUGAUAUGGUCUAAAUCUAGAUUUUCAGAAGUGCCUCUUGAUUCUGUUAUUAUUACUCAAAGGGAUGUUCCAGCACAUGCAAUUAAAUUUAAAUUUACAAGACUAAGUCCAAGUUUUAAGAAAUUGAAAUGCCCUUUUUAUUUGGUAUUAGAAUUGCCCUCCCCUUGGAAAAUUCCUAGUGCAAAGGCUAUUAAAUUAGUGGAACAAGAAUGGUUGGUGAUGAAAGACAAGGAAGCUCUUAUAAUGAGCAAGUAAUUUUUUAAUACUCAUAAAGAAGAAUUUUCAAUGUAUCAAUUUGUAGGAACAAUAGUAACAUCUGAUUUUUUAAAUUUGACUGUUGAUAAUGGUUUAAAUGAGUUUAUUGAUUUGAGAAUGAUUGAAGGUGAAGAAAACAAUUUAAUUUGUCCUGCUCAUUAAAUGGAUGACAUACCUAUAGCAAAAAGAUAUAAGCUUGACAGAACAGGAAUGGUGAAUGAAAAUGGUCAAUUAGUUUAUGAAGACGAAGAAUUUGAUAUACUUAAUAAUGAAGCAUCUUAAUAAAUACUCAAAGAACUUAGAGAACGAAAUAGAAUUCUUGAUGUAGUAAGUUCUGCCUAAGAAGUGUUCUAUCAUCAUAAAGUUACAGGAGAGCAACUUCUUUUAAGAAGUGUUCCAGCAUGGUUUGUGCAUUUUGAUGAACAACUCAUAGAUAAUUAUAAAGAAAAGUACAAUCUGAAUGAGGAGGAUACAAAAUAAAAUAACAAAGAUGAAAUUUAUACUCCAUACAUAGAAUUAAUGGAAGCUUUAUGUGGUUAAUGGUGCAUAACUGAACAUAAUGUGUGGGGCAUUCCAAUUCCAUUAUUUAGAGCCACUGUACCUAAAAAAUUUGAAAAAUUAAAAAAUGGAUUCUUAUUAAAUGCAGAAGUCGUCAGACAUUUUGCUGACUUAGUUGAAAAAAAUGGCAGUGACAUCUACUGGAAAUGGAAUAUCGUUGAUUUAUUACCAGAUACAUAUAAGCCUUAUGCUUAAGAUUUGGAAAAACAUACAUGUGUCUUAAACAGGAACUUUAUUAUACCUCAGUAAUGUGAUUUAAUCUAUGAGGGAAUAGAUUAGAAUGAAAGCUUUCUAUUUAGUAGUUAAAUGAUGAUGAUUUUAUUCCAAAAGAAAUUCAACAGAAAAAUUCAUACACAUACAGUUUUAUAAUACAACAAAGAUAAAAUCAGUAAGACUAAUUGUUUUACAUUGGAAAAUAUUAUUGACGGACAACUCAAAGCAAAUGAAUAAAAAUAAUAUGGAAGUGGCGCUGAUGUUUUAAGAGCACUUGUCACAUCUAUUAAUGAACAUGAUGAAUUUUCAUAAUUUAUGUUAGACAAAAAGAAAGAAUAAAUAAAUUACAUAAGAAAAAUCUAUUGGUAGAUUAUCGGCUGUUUAGAGAAUGCAUCUGUCACACCUGUUGACUUUAAGGAUUUAGAAUUUUGUGAUUCAUAUAUUUAUCAACAAUUAAUCCUAUUUGUUGCCAACAUUACUAAAGCUUAUGAAGAUUUCAAUUUUGGAUUGGCAUAUUAGUUGUAUGUUGAUUUCAUGCAAAAUUAUGUUUCUUUAUAUGUUGCUAGCACUAGAAAUAAAAUUAUAGCAUUUCAUAGCGAAUAUCAAAAUAGUUUGUAUAUCUAUUACAAAAUAUACGAUAUAACAUUAAAUGUUAUUUAACCUAUAUUGUGUUUCAAUUCUAGAGACAUACACACUAAAUUGCCUACUGCAUGGCCAAAGAUUCCAGUGAGUCACUUUGAGGAAGCACAAUAGAAUAUUGUGACUUUAAGUUUAUUACACAAAUUACAAAAAGAGAUUAAUACUUAGAUUGAUGAAGUUUAAGAACGUAUAAAACAAAAAAGCAUAUCAAAAAAAUUGGAAAUAGUUUUCAUCAUCGAACCUAAUACUUAUGAAUAACAAUUAAUUGAUAUAGAUCCUGAUUAAUUAGCAUUAUUUUUUUCCUGUGGUAAAACCACUUUUGAAACUGAUUUCUUGAAUAAGAAGAGACCAAAUCAUGUUUGCAUGUCUUCAUUUUUUGUGAAGGAACAAUUUUACCAUUAGAAGAUUAACUUUCAUGUCAAAUUUUAUGAAGUUACUGAUAGUCAAUGUCCAAGAUGUCUUGAACAUAAACCAAUAGUAUCAAAGAUCUGCCAAGAUUGCACAGACUAUAUUUAAAUAGAAGAAGAAAAAUUAAAAUAAAUUAAUUGA